UAACGGUUCGCCGUCUCUUGCUCUUCUGCCGCAGGUACUGGGCCGUGACGCAGGUGGACUACAUCCACACGCGCAACUCGCAGCGCAUCGGCAUCAUGAUCGUGCUGGUGUGGGGCGUGGCGCUCGUCGUGUCGCUCGCGCCGCAGUUCGGCUGGAAGGACCCCGAGUACCUGCACCGCAUCAACGUGCAGCAGCGCUGCCUGCCCUCGCAGGACAUCGGCUACCAGAUCUUUGCCACCUGCUCCACGUUCUACGUGCCGCUGCUCGUCAUCCUGGGCCUCUACUGGAAGAUAUUCCAGACGGCGCGCAAGCGCAUCCACAAGCGGCAGGCCUUAAAAAACUACGUCGCCCAAGACAACAACAAGGCCAAGUCGGCCGGCGUCCGCCUGCUCAGCAAGAAGCGCUUCCUGCGCAUUCGGCGCUGCGGCUCCGACUCGGGCGCCGCGUCGGGCGACACUCUCGUGUCGGCACUGGUCAUGGUCGAAGGCCACUCUACCACCACCGUCCUGGACGAGAGCACCGACGACACCAACAAGGGUGACCGCAAAAAGUCGGAGGCGAGCGACGGUUCGCCGACUGGCAAAGAGGCAACCACAGCCUUCACGAUCAGCGGGGGCGGUAGCGGGGGCGGCACGGACACGACCACGUACCUGAGCCCGGCCAACGCCGUCAACCCCCAGCAGCCGAACAGCCUGGACAAGAACUCGGCCAACAACGGCUCGGUGGGCGGUCACCGCGACGGCGGCAGCCGGGCGCCCAGCCCGGAGCCCGGCGGCAAGGUGAACCCCGCCACGGCUGCAGCCGCCAAGAAGGAGAAGAAGGAGACCCUCGAGGCCAAGAGGGAGCGCAAGGCGGCCAAGACGCUGGCCAUCAUUACGGGUGCAUUUGUCGUCUGCUGGCUACCCUUCUUCAUCAUGGCGCUGGUCAUGCCGUUGUGCGAGUCCUGCGUCAUCAACGAUCAUGUGUCGAGCCUGUUCCUUUGGCUCGGCUACUUCAACUCGACGCUCAACCCGGUCAUCUACACCGUGUUCAGCCCCGAGUUCCGUCAGGCCUUUAAGCGCAUCCUGUACGGCGGCCGCCACCCCCGCAACGGCCGCGGCCAGGGCAGGGCGCGGGACUUCCGGACGGGCCGGCCCAGGUAGGGCCGGUGUUGUCACAGACCGCGCUGCUGCCUGUGCUGCUGCUGCAGCGGCUGUCUGUGACCCAGUCGGACCGCCGCCAGCCCCCUGCUGCAGGCUGCGGGGGCGGCGGGGGCGUGGUUGCUGCCCCCGCCGCGCCCCCGCCACGGCCGCAGCGCCGUGCCGCCCUCACCCACGCCGGCCAGCGGGGCCGGCGGCGGUCCCCCACCCACUCUGCCGACGCCCCGCGCGCCCCGCCUGGCAGGCCGCCUCCCCCCGGCUAGCCCCGGCCCAGCGCAACCCCGCCGCGCCGGAACGCACCUGUGCCUGCGCGGGGACAGCGCCCUGUCUGGCGGCUCAGCAGUGUGACAAGGAUUUCGGCCCCCGUGCGUUCUUUUCGCCGGAGGCGUGCUUUUAAUUUGCAAUAAAGUUACCUACAUUUUCCUAGAUGGAUAUCCACGUUUAUCGGAAUUGUUGUCGUUAUGUUCUAAUUUUGUGAUGUAAAAAUUUAUUUUUGAAGAGAAUAUAUGGUUGUUUUAAAUAAAUAUAUCAGGUGGACUUUUUUGGUGUGAAUGGUUUGAGAAGGUAAAGUGUGUUUGGUGCUUUAUAUUAUUAUGUUGGCUCUAAAUAUUAUUUUUAUGCCAUACGCAUACAGGGUAAGUAUGGACGUCCUACGCUUCCUUAACUGAAUAUAGCUCUAAGUCGUUUGUAAGAAAGCCAUGCAGAAAACAGACGAUGCAUGAGACAUUUAAAUAACAGCCUAUAUUUGAUAAUUGCUAAACCGUUUCUAUCCAUGACAAUAAAUAGAUGGUAUUUAUAAAAGUACGGCCUGCGAACACAAUAUCGGCUUCCAUUGAGUACUUAUAUUUGAAAUAGUCGUUUCAGUACACUCUGUACUCUCUCUAGUUCUCCAUCUUGAUGUCACUGCUUUCAAAUCCAUUACCUUGUGGUUUCUUAAGUUGUUCUACUGAAUGAUAAUUGAUACAGUAGCUAAUGUCUGUUUAUGGUCUGUUUUCUGUAACUUUGAGUAAGACCUGUAGCUGUAAAUAGUCCCUUGGUUGAUUUUAAAAUGAUUUUGUACAAAGGUUUUCCUAUGGAUUGUUAACCUGUCAUGCAAAUAAUGCAUUUCAAGCUAACAGUGUAUCCAUACCACACUACUGUGUCUUUCCAAACAAACUAAAUUACAGGUAGACUAUUCAAAAUCUGUAAUUACUAGGCUAAACUAAAAGUGAUUGUAGAAUAAACAUACAUUUGUAGCAAAGUGUGUACAAAAAUGAUGUUAAUAGAAAAUCCUCGUUAUUAAUUACGUACUAAGGAAUUAUAGGGACAGAAAAUGCAUUAUCUGUAUGUGCAUAUCUGGUCAAUGAUCGUUUUUAUUUACUGUACAGAAUGUAGGUAAAAUGCUUGUAUAUAAAAAUAUUGAUAAUUUAAACAAUAUGAUGUGAGGGAACACAAGCAUCUACAAAGAAAAAGAAUGUUCCACGACUGUGUAAGCUUCAGUUAUUUUGAAAAUUGUGAUGUGGAAUAUGAUUUCCACUGUCAAAUCAAGUAUCUUUCCUUAUUCUGAUUUGUGAAGUGAGUAUGAAUAUAUAUACUCCAUAAGGCUAUCGUUUCUACCCACUUGUUCAUAUCUCUAAAACAUUCAGUGAGAACCGCAUUAAAAGUCGAUGUCUUCUUAACCAACGCGAUGCACCAUGUUUAAUUGGCUUUUAAACGUUAAUUGAUUUGUCUGGAUGAGCUAUUUAUAUUCACAAAAAUUUAAUACGGUAUGGUUAAAAAAGAACCAGACUUAUCGAAGACUGGUGGUUGCAAAUAGUGGUUGUCAUAGAUAUCGCAUUGAAAAGGAAUGUGGAAUGACUGAUAUAACAAUGUUGUAGAUUCUAGCACAGGCUUUUGCAGGACUAACACUACUUAAACGUUAUCAGUCCGUAAGUUUAAAACUACUUAAUGAAAGUAAAAUCACCAUUUACUAAGAUUGUUAUUUAUAGCAAUUAAAUGACCACCAUGCAAUAAACGCUCAAUGAAACCCGAAUGUGCUACUAAAAAAAACCUGUAUACAGCUUUGCUUUAUUUUUUACUGUUAUUAUUGAUACAGCUGUAAAAUGCGACUUUAACCAAACUGAAAAAGAUUAAUAAACAAGUUGGAACCUAA